AUGAAAGCAAUUUAUUCAGUGAUAUUUUUGACUUGGGUUAUUGCGGGAACCAAAGCGACGGACACAAAUGGAAACAUCACGACGAUUAAAAUUGGGAUCCUCUUAAUGACGUCAGCCGUGGAACCGUUUGACCGACGACGGGCCGGCCCCGCUAUAGAAAUAGGGAUCGAACACGCCGAGCGAAACUUCGGGAUACGGUUUGAUUACAUUUACCACAACUACACUGGAUACUGUCCUAAGGAGACGGCGGUGGGACACCUUUCUCAGCUCUACUACCAAUCCCGUGUCCAAGCGGUCAUAGGGCCCGCGUGCUCUGCGGUUUUAGUUGCGGUCGGGCGGCUGGCGGAGUUCCUGAAGUUGCCCAUCGUAACCGGCCUCGGGGACCUCGUAGUGCGCGAUCCCGAUGAUGCCGACAUGUACCGGACACUAACGAUCCUGUCGUAUAACAUCAGGAAACUGUCGAAUUCGCUUUCCGCCAUACUGUCCGCAUUUGACUGGAAGCACACUGCUAUUUUGUAUGACAUCACAUACGUGUUCUUUGACCUGGCUGGAUCGAAUCUUGUCAACGACUUCCGAUCAAACACUGACCUUGCUCGACCAUACGACAUUCCGUUUAAUCCUCAGCAGAUUACUGAUUACGCACACAUUUUAAUGGAGGCUAGUAAGCAUGCACGAGUGUUCAUCAUACUAUGCGACUCGGACGUGCUCCGACACAUCCUAUAUCGGGCCUACUACAAGGGAAUGGCGGAAGGGGAUUACGUGUUUAUCACCAUGGAGCUGUUUCCUAGCGACUGGUUAGGUUACUACAUGAAAUUCCUGAGAGGCGACGAGAAAGACACGGCGGUAACCAAGGCGUACGAGUCGCUUCUGCUGCUCACUUUACGUCAGCCAGAUAAUCCCGAGUACACGGCGUUUGCGGAUGAGGUCAAGGUGCGAGCCAGGCGGGACUAUGGUUACGAGUUUGGAUCGGACGAAGAGGUGAAUUAUUUCAUUACUGCGUUUUAUGACAGCGCCAUCUAUUUAGCCAAGUCUUACAGAACUAUUCUUGACGAGGGAGGAGACGUGAAUGAUGGAAUGGCGGUUGCACAGCGCCUGUGGAACGGCACAUUUGAAGGAAUAACUGGUCCAGUCAAAGUAGACGCUGUUGGGAGCAGAGAGGCAGAUUUUGACCUAUUUGACAUGAUAUCACCAUUGACUCGACAAUUCCAGAAGAUUGGUCGUUUCCGGGGUGCUACACAACUCUACGUGCCGACAGAGGGCGUCGCGGUUGUGUGGCCCAAAGGACUUCCGCCGGAUAUGCCCACCUGUGGGUACACCGGCGCGCUUUGUAUUGUUGACAUCGAUGAUAACACUACACUGAUUACCGUUCUGAGUAUCACACUGACGGGUAUGCUGGCUGUCGUGUCCACCGCUAUCAUCGUUCUUUAUAGGAAAAUUAAACUCGCACAGGAAAUCGACCAGAAGUCAUGGCUUUUCCAGUACGAAGACGUCAAGCUGAGGAAGACCAGACUAAAUGACUCCUUCAUGUCCAAAUCUCUUUUGACGAUGGAAACUAGGAUGCAGCUUCUGUCGAACGCCAACAUCGCAAAGUUUGUGGGUGCUUGCUUACAACCCAACUCUAAUGUUCUACUCAUGGAGUACUGUUCCCGAGGUAGCCUACAGGACAUGCUUCAAAAUGACAGCAUAGAGCUUGACUGGGCCUUUAAAUAUUCCCUGAUCAACGAUAUAAUCAAGGGUAUGCUGUACCUCCAUUCGAGCCCGCUAAAGCUGCACGGUCGGCUUUCGAGCACCAACUGUGUUAUUGACGCUCGUUUCGCACUAAAACUCACGGACUAUGGGCCUCAUUUGCUUCUGGAAGCUGACCGAGAGGUAGAGCGUAAGGAGUGCCUUAAUGAUCGGACUUACAACAUCGGAAAACUCUUGUGGACAGCUCCGGAACAUCUGAGAGGCGCAACCGGCUUCAUAGGGGCCUCGCAGAAGGGGGAUAUCUACUCGUUUGCAAUCAUCUUACAAGAGAUAGCGAUGAGGUCAGGGCCUUUUGAGGGAAACGCGCAGGUUGCUUCAGAUGUUAUCGACCUGGUGCGCAACGUGCAGGUACCGCCCUUCCGGCCUUUCAUACCCGAUGACUCGUGCAUUCCCGUCCUCCGGACGAUGAUCGAGACCUGCUGGGUGGAGAACCCCGCCGACAGGCCGAGCUUUGGCCAACUGGAGGAGUCGUUUCGGAGGAUACGAGCGGGCAAGACAACGAACAUCAUGGACAACCUUCUUCAGCGCAUGUCCAAUUACGCAGACAACCUUGAGCAACUGGCGUCCGAAAGAACCAAGGCGUACCUCGAAGAGAAACAGAAAGUUGAAGAAUUGCUGCACAGGCUUCUACCUAAGUCUGUUGCAUGCCAACUGCAGGCCGGAAAAUCCGUCAUACCGGAGACGUUUGAUUGCGUCACCGUCUACUUCUCUGAUAUUGUCGGCUUCACAUCGAUCUGUAGCAGAAGCGCGCCUAUCGAGGUCGUCGACUUUUUGAAUGACCUCUACACAGCGUUUGACAACGCCAUUGAGAAGUUUAGCGUUUAUAAGGUGGAGACAAUAGGUGACGCUUACAUGUGCGUUUCCGGUCUCCCGGAACGCAUCGGGAACAGUCACGUGACCGAGAUCGCCGACAUGUCGCUGGCAAUCUUGGAAACAGUGGGGGUCUUCAUCAUCCGGCACCUGCCAAAUGAGCACAUGCGCGUGCGGAUCGGCCUCAACUCAGGUCCCGUCGUCGCCGGCGUUGUCGGCCUCACGAUGCCCCGGUACUGUCUGUUUGGUGACACUGUAAAUACUGCAUCGCGUAUGGAGUCCACCUCGCUACCUAUGAGGAUUCACCUGUCAGAAUCAACCGCGCAGUUGCUACAAACGUUUCCCGAAUAUGUAAUAGAACCAAGGGAGAAAAUUGAAGUAAAGGGAAAGGGGCUGAUGAACACCUAUUGGUUGAACGAAUCAAUGAAAACGUGUCAGACGCCCUAAAGUAACGUGUCUGAGAAUAGAUUCCGAAAAACUAACAGUUUGUUUAUAACAUGAACAUACAAUUUUCAUAAUAACCAGCGUAUGCAUAUUUAAAGAUAUUGAUGUAAUAUUACGUAGGUUAGUCCUGACUCUUGAAGUCACCGUUCAUUAUCAUAACAUUCCUGAAACAGUUAUAUUUUAAGAAUUCGAAUUAGACUAUAUACGUACUGAAACCUAACAUCAGAACCUUCUUUUCUGGAAGAAAACACUUAAUGAACGCAAAUAAAAACUCUCGUAUUAUUUGUGAAUAGCCCUUACUCUCAAAGUAUCGGUCCUCCCCAUAGUAUCGUGCCUUUAAUCCUUCAAGAAAUGCAGGACAGUUAAUGUUGUUUUUUUCAAUGUUUAGAAGUUGGUAUAUAUUUGAUGGUUAUCCAUAACUAUUACGACGAUCAUUUUUCCGGUGUUAGUUGGAAAGUAGAUCAUGUUUAUUCCAGGGUGAUGCUAUGCCUUUAAUUACGUAUCACAAUUAUGUUAGUUUGUUUAUGGAUUCAUAGCAUCUUUUUCAAAUAUUUUAUUCAUUUUUCCAUUAAGUUACUUUUUUAGAACAAGCACAUGCGCAUAGUAUAAAAUCUUUGCAACCAAUCAGAAGGGCCGAUACUAUGACAAAAAUUGCACAUGAAAAAGAUAAUUACAUGGAGAUAAGUCUAGCAAGUAUUUUGUCAAAACAUUGCCGAUUUAAAUGCAGUUUUCAUUGUUAUGUCCAAGAAUUCACAUUGAACUAUAGGGACAUAAAACACAAGCGUGUUUUGGUAUUUGUUCACUUCAAAAUUCGUAUGUAUUCUUUAAGAGGACCGAUACUACGGAUAGACAUGCUAAGUAUUAUGCUGAAAUGUAUUGUAUUGUUGAUAUUUCAUAAAGUGGUGCUAAAAUGAU